GGCUACUGUAGGACCAGGUGCCCUGAUAUGGCCCUUGGCAGUAGCCCUGCCUAACAUCAUCAUCGUGACCCCAAGUAGCAAACGACCUGCCCCUCAGUCUACUCCUCACUGCUGUCACCAAGGAUUCAGAUGGUCAAGCCAGAAGGGUAAACUGGUCAGUUCUUACUGAGUUCUGUGCUUCUAAAAGUGAGGCAGAAUAUUUUACUUCCUGUCUGAAGCAGUUGCCAAAGACCCCUGAAGGGGCUCUUGAUCCUUUUGUUUACAAAGAGACUACAAAAUAAAUGAUAUAGAAUGGUAUAGCAGAGUGACUGGGACAGGAGAGACACAGUGGAGAAUUGUGAAGGAGAGACACAGUGGUGGAUUUGAAAGUCAAAUGUGAGAGGGCAACAUGGAUCCUUAGAAAGUCCUGACUCCAGGAGACAGGUCCACAAGAUCAAAGACAUUGAGAUGGACAUUUGAAGAACAAAGUUAGCAACAAGUCUCCAAUAAACAAAAACUAAAUAGAAUAUCAUGGCAAGUGCAAACUGGGGAUAUGAUGGCAAAAAUGGUCCUGACCAAUGGAGCAAGCUGUAUCCCAUUGCCAAUGGAAACAACCAGUCUCCUAUUGAUAUUAAAACCAGUGAAGCCAAACAUGACAACUCUCUGAAGCCUAUCAGUGUCUCCUAUAAUCCUGCAACUGCCAAAGAAAUUGUUAACGUGGGACAUUCCUUCCAAGUGAUUUUUGAUGACAGUGAUAACCAAUCUGUUCUGAAAGGCGGCCAUCUCUCUGAUAGCUAUCGGCUCACCCAGUUCCAUUUUCACUGGGGCAACUCAGACGACCAUGGAUCCGAGCAUACUGUGGAUGGAGUCAAAUAUUCUGGAGAGCUUCACAUAGUUCAUUGGAAUUCUGGAAAAUACUCCAGUGUUACUGAAGCUUUCACAAAAACUGAUGGGAUGGCAAUCAUUGGAGUUUUUUUGAAGGUUGGUCCAGCCAACCCAAAUGUGCAGAAAGUGCUUGAUGCCUUAAACUCAGUUAAAACUAAGGGGAAACAAGCCCCAUUCAAAAAUUUUGACCCAUCCUGUCUCCUUCCUUCAACCCUGGAUUACUGGACUUACUUUGGCUCUCUGACUCACCCUCCUCUUCAUGAAAGUGUCACCUGGUUCAUCUGCAAGGAGAGCAUCAGUGUCAGCCCUGAGCAGCUGGCACAGCUCCGCAGUGUUCUGUCAAAUGCAGAGGGAGAGGCGGCUGUUCCUAUUCUGACCAACCACCGUCCAACCCAGCCCCUGAAGGGCAGAACAGUGACAGCCUCAUUUUGAGGCCCAGCAAGGAGUCCUCCAUCAAGACCUGGCCCCUCUGGAGACAUCAUCCAGUAAUGUGAUCACUUUGAAGAAACAAAAUUAUUUCAGUUAGUGCUAGCAAGACAGCAUACCUGCAAAUUUAAUCCACAGAACUAAAAAAAACCAAUCAUUUUAAUUCCUGAUGCUUAAUGCAAAUAAUCCAUGUUUGCCCAUUGUAAUCUUUAAAUAUGUGCUUGUGCUUAAAUACACCUUCUUUUGUGGAAUGUUUCAUAAGAUAAUUACAGUUAAAGUAUUUGUUCUUUCUCCUCUUUCCAUUUUUACUGAACCAAUAAAUUAGCAUUAUCUCUUU